AUGUACUCACAUCACUCUCAUUCCGGAGACUAUGUUGCUCACGGUGUAGAUCCAUUAGAGGAUAUCAUUACUGAAGUCAAGAGACGCAAGUUUCACACAUGGUGCAUGACGGAGCAUAUGCCCCGGUUAGAACUGGAAUUACUGUACCCUGAGGAGAAGACUAAUGAAAGUUCCACUGAAGAGGAUUUGAAGAUCCUUGUAAAGAAAUUCGAGGCGUAUAUGAUUCACGCUAAAAGGAUUAAAGAUAGAGAAACCGCCAGUGAGAACGGUUUACAUAUCUUGAUUGGAUUUGAAAUUGAAGGUUGUGACUUGGAACAUAUGCGGUAUGCGAAUGAACUGCUAAGGAGGAAUAAUAAUGUACUGCAGUUUAUGGUAGGAUCUGUUCACCAUGUUCACAAUAUCCCAAUUGAUUUUAAUCAAGAAAAGUGGAACGAAGCGUUGAAGGUUAGUGGGAACAACCUUAGACAGUUGUUAUAUGAUUAUUUUACAAUUCAAAGGAAGAUGUUGGAAACGACGCAGCCAUUAGUCGUUGGUCAUUUUGAUUUAAUACGGUUAUUUUUGCCGGAUGAUAUGCGUGUGGAUUUGGAAUCUGGGCAGGUUUUGUCCGAAGGAGGUACUUUGGUGAAGGAUCUUGAGUCAGUGAUGACUCAAUGGUCUGAUGUGAAACAGUUGAUAGUUGAGAGCUUGAAGUAUGUGGUCUCAUAUGGUGGAGUAGUGGAAAUUAACAGUGCUGGACUUCGUAAGGGCAAGGUUGACCCUUACCCUCAUAGAGACAUUGUUAAUUUGUCGAAGGAAGUGACACCGUCGAUCAGGUAUGUCACAAGCGAUGAUGCCCAUGGAGUCUCUCAGAUUGCAGUGUGUUAUGAUGAAAUGUUGAAUUACAUAGAGAACGUCGUCCAAUUGAAACAGAUUUCCUACUUGGAGGAGCAGGAUGACGGUAACAUCCAGAUCAAAGAUAUCUUUGUGGAAGAAGUCAAAAGAUCAGAAUUUUGGAGUAUCAAAUGA